GUCGGUGGAGGAGAAAAGGGGGCGAAGGCGAUUGGGAGGAGCGGGAGAAAACCCUAACCCUAGCUCGAACAUCAAAGAGUAGGAGUUCAUUUUGAAGGUGGUGAAAGACUCAUAUUUUAGGGGUACCUGCCGGGUUCUGACCAGUGGAUUGUUGGAUUCUAGUAGCGUAGGGCGUCUGGUUGGCUAUGGUACUCAGGGGUGCCUUUUCUGAUGUAGUAACAAGCAUGUUGAUGGAGCAAUGGUGGUGAAAGCUAGGGAAACUGUUUUGCAAGUUCUGUUAUUAUGCAUGGAUGGAGACUAUGGUAACCUUUUGUGGUUUAAAUAACUCCACCUGUGUAUUGACAAAGUAGCAUAGUUGAAGGCAAUUUUGUUAAAAAUUAAUGAAAUUGUGGAGUGGUGUAUAUUACUAAUCAAGCCUGGAAAGUAUGUUGACCUUGUUGGGCAAGCCAUCUGUUGUAGAGUUGGAAUUUGGGCUUUUUCUUAUUCGAAAGAAUGGUGGUUUGAUCCAGACUUAUGGAGGUGGUUUUGGGUGUGUUGGAUUUCUGGACAGGAAGGAAGGUGGUGUUGGUGGUGGUGGAGGUAGUUAUUUUGGUGGUGGCUAGAAGAUCGAGGAUAAAGGGUCAAAGAUGAGUCAAAGCAGCCGCAGCCCUCCAAGAGACCGUAGGAUCCGCACUGAGCGCCCGUCAUACCGAGAUGCACCAUACAGGAGGGAUGUUCGCCGAGGCUCCAGGGUAGUUGAUCUGUGCAAGAAUUGCAAGCGACCAGGCCAUUAUGCUAGAGAAUGCCCCAAUGUGGCUGUCUGCCAUAACUGUGGCCUUCCAGGGCACAUUGCAUCAGAGUGCACCACGAAGUCCCUGUGCUGGAACUGCAAGGAGCCGGGGCACACAGCCAGCAACUGCCCGAACGAGGGUAUCUGCCACACGUGCGGCAAGGCGGGUCACCGUGCAAAGGAGUGCCCGGCGCCCCCGUUGCCCCCGGGCGACGUGCGGCUCUGCAACAACUGCUAUAAGCAAGGCCACGUGGCGGCCGACUGCACCAAUGAUAAGGCCUGCAACAACUGUCGCAAGACUGGUCAUUUUGCUCGCGACUGCCCCAACGAGCCUGUUUGCAACCUCUGCAACAUUGCCGGCCACGUUGCCAGGCAGUGCCCCAAGGCCGACGUGCUCAGCUCCCAGAGGGGAAGCGGUGGUGCUGGUGGGGGCGGAUUCAGGGAUGUGGUGUGCCGGAGCUGCAACCAGGUGGGCCACAUGAGCAGGGACUGCAUGGUUCCCUUUAUGAUCUGCUACAACUGUGGAGGGAGGGGGCACUCCGCGUAUGAGUGCCCGUCCGGGAGGUUCAUGGACCGCGGCCCCCGCCGCUUCUGAAUGGGCUAAUGAAUCAAAGGCGGAGCUGCCACCACGCCAUUCAUUUUCGCUACUUUAGCCCUUUUUUUGGUUUUACGCGAGGAAAUUUGAUCUGGCAAGGCGAAAAAUCUGCUGUGGAGUUAAAUUUAUUAACCAGGUUUUCGCCUUAGUUAUCUGUUAUUCUGGUGAAGACGAUAUUUGUUUGGCGACUCUUUGGUUACUAGAUUUCCGUUGGGCAGGUGAGACAUUAUUAGGUAAAUCUUUUUGUGAGCUUCGUUUGUAUUUUAUAUAAAAAAUGGAUUACA